CCCCACUAUGUCAGCUGUAUAAAGAAGAAGAAGAAGAAGAAGAAGAAGAGGAAGAAGAGGAAUAGAAGAAGAUAGGAAGAAGAGAAGAAGAGAGCAAAGAAGAAGAAGAGGAAGAUGUGAUUGGAAGAGUUUUAGGAAGAGACAAACAGGAAGAUAUUGGAGGAAGAGGAGGAGGAGGAAGAGGAAGAGGAGGAAGAAGAGAAAGACAAAGAAGAAGAUUUGAAGAAACCGAGGCAAAUACCAACACACACACACACACACACACACGCACACACACACGCGCACACACGCCCAAACACGUCUCAACAUGUUUCGAUCGAAGGAAGGAAUUGAGAUCGCUGAUAUCCCGACCCUCACCAAGCAGUAUGUACGAGAGAAAGUCUGGAGCUACAUUGAGGAGAAUGAUUUGGCGGACUUUCCGAGACCUGUCAACAACCGGAUCCCAAACUUUAAGGGUGCGAGCGGGGCCGGCCAGCGAGUGUGUGAUCUUGAUUGUUUCCACGAGGCUCAUACCAUCAAGGUCAACCCAGACAAGCCCCAGGAGGAAGUGAGGUUCCAUACGCUUGAGGCCGGGAAAACACUUCUGGUACCCACCCCAAGACUCCGCAGCGGACUAUUCAACCGUCUGGAAUGUCCGAUCGGGGAGGGGAAAGACACCCUGCGCACGAUGGCCCAGACGGAGGGGAUGAAGAAGCACUCGGUUGCGGUCGGCCUAGAAAUGGGUGUGAAAGUAGACCUCAUAGUGCUGGGGUCCGUGGCAGUGUCCUUGACGGGGCGCAGGAUAGGGAAGGGGGAGGGCUUCGCGGAUAUGGAGUAUGGAAUGAUGCGGUCCGUGGGUGCGGCCUCGGAGGACACGCCCGUGGUGACGACGGUUCAUGAUUGCCAGGUAUUCGAUGACCUACCUGCGGAACUGUUUGGGCCACACGACCUUCCUGUGGACUACAUUGUGACUCCCACUGAGGUCAUCGCUGUCAACCAUGACCUGCCCAAGCCUGCCGGGAUAUACUGGGACCUGCUGACCCCAGAGAAGUUCCGACAGGUGCCCAUCCUGAGGGUACUUUACGAGCAGGAAGCAGAACAGGGCAAGGACGUCACCCUGGCCGGAGGGGUUGACCUGCCCCCCCCAGAGGAGCUCCGAGGGGGGGGCCGGGGCAGGGGUCGGGGCGGGGGGCGGGGCAGGGGUGGAGGGGGCCGGGGGAGGGGGGCGGGGGGCAGGGGGGGCGGGGGCGGGGGGCGGACCAGGUACGGCUCGGAGGGAGAAGACGCAAAAAGCGGACAGAAAACUAUACAGGUCCCCCCACAGGUCACCAUCAACGUCAGCAAAAAGAAUCGGAUUGUCCGUCGAACCGUCGAGGCAACACACGAACUUGACCGCCUGGGUUCCGCCGAUCUGGAGGACGAGACUGGCGGUCGGGGGUGGCGGGGCGGCAGAGGGAGGUAUGCCCCCAGCGCCCCUAAACAGCGGAUCCCGGUCACCUUCGCGAUCUUCCUCGGCAAAGUACCACCAGCCUGUCGGGUCCGUGAGCUCAAAGACGCCCUCCAGACCCGUGACAUCCGCCCCGCCGACAUAACCUGGCGCGGACGGAACGGUUUUGCCUUCCUGCGAUUCACCGGCCCUGUGGAAGAGUGCGAUGACGUCCUGGGGAAGCUGAGUGGACUGACCCUUCAAGACCAGCCCGUUGUGGUGGAGCGGGCUAAGGAUCGACCCCCUGGAGCAUCUAUGGGGGAGGAGUACUACUACGAAGACGGGGCUGAGCUCGACGACACCUCCCACCACGGCUACUCCUAUGGACCCCCGCCCCCCCGCCGCAAGCCCCCCCACCCCCCCAAGAAGCCCCGCCCCCCCAUCACCUUCGCGGUCUUCUUGGGAAAGGUGCCGCCGACUUGCAGGGUCCGGGAGCUCAAGGAGGCACUCAUGACCCGCCAGAUCCAACCGGCGGACAUUACGUGGCGUGGAAGAAGUGGAUUUGCCUUCCUCCGCUUCACCAAUCCUGUGGCAGAGUGCGAAGGCGUCCUCUCCACCCUUGAGGGACUGUCGCUUCAGGGGCAAGAGGUGGUGGUGGAGCGGGCCAAGGAUAGGGUGGAGGAGGAGGAGGAGGUGGAGGUGGAGGUGGAGGUGGAGGAGGAGGGGGUGGUGCUGAGUGGAGAUGAGCGGAGUGGACAUGGAAGUGGACAGGUGAAUGGAGGGGAUUGAGCGAGCGAGAGAGAGAGAGAGAGAGAGAGAGAGAGAGAGAGAGGGAGAGGGAGGGGGGGAUUGAGUGAGAGAGAAAAAUAAAGAAAUUGACAGAGAGAGAGAGAGAGAGAGAGAGAGAGAGAGAGAGAGAGAGAGAGAGAGAGAGAGAGAGAGAGAGAGAGAGAGAGAGAGAGAGAGAGAGAGAGAGAGAGAGAGAGAGAGAGAGAU